UAAGCGUUUAAUCAGUCAAAUCUGCUACAUCCCAAAAAGGACUCAACUUUGCUUACAUUCUUCUCUUUGAUUACAUUCAACGCUUAGGCUAAAGUCAAUCAUCAUCAGUUCCCAUGAAUUUCUCUUCAUUCUUUCACUGAAUUCCGGCGAAAGUUUUGAUUUUUUCUUCUUUUCCGGUGAGAAUUCACCCUGAUCUCUGUUUACGGCGAUUUCACAGUUUAUCUCCUUCUGAAGAAGAAGAAGAAGAAGAAGAAGCAAAAGAAAAAGCACGAUCUUGUUGGUUUUCGUGAACUGGGGUUUGCCGUUGAAGUGUGUGGUGCCUUCAGUAAGUGUUGUUUGUUCUGAGUGGAUUGUAAUUAGGGUUUUAGAUUUCAGGGGAGUGGUGAAUAAAGGUUACGUUUUGCUAUUGAUUGGUUAUGUGAAUAGAUUCAUGUUUUAGAGCUUCAAUGGGUUGCGUAAGUUCUAGGCAUAGGCCUUUUAGGAGGAAGUCAACACUGAAAGAGCCAUUGGAGGAGAAACGUUGUUCCUCACGGAUUGAUUCGUCGAGGAUAGAUGAGUGGAUCCAACCGGGACUUGGGUUUGAUAGAUCCAGUAGCAAGGGAGAUGCCAAAGUUAGGCUAUUUGAAUCAGAACUGUUUAGUUCAGGUAGGUUUCAUGAUCAUCAGAUUGGGAAGAUCUUGGAGAAUCCUGAUAAAGUUGAUCACAUGGAUCGAGUUGUUCAUGCUCAGGAAUUGACAAGGGCCUCUAGUGCUGUUGUAGACCCGGAUUUGGAGAUUGAUCCAACAAAGGUUAUGAAACAGAAGCUAGAUAGACGGAAUAGCAGGGAUUCUAAAGUUCAGUUGUAUGAAUCCGAAAUCUUGAGUUCUAGUCAGUUUUCUGAUCAUCUUCUGAAUGAGAAGGAACCUGUGAAACCUGAGAUUGAAGCUACAGUUCUACCGGUUCCUCGGGACCUGAACUUUGUUGGUCCAAAAGACGCAGAGCGGAAGCAAGUGGCUGCAGGAUGGCCGACUUGGCUGGUCUCCGUUGCAGGUGAGGCACUAGUGGAUUGGGCUCCACGCCGGGCAAAUACUUUUGAGAAGCUGGAGAAAAUUGGUCAAGGAACAUAUAGCAGCGUAUAUAGAGCUCGUGAUCUUCUUCAUAACAAGAUUGUUGCGUUAAAAAAAGUCAGAUUUGAUCUUAAUGAUAUGGAAAGUGUUAAGUUUAUGGCAAGAGAGAUCAUAGUAAUGAGACGGCUUGAUCAUCCUAAUGUCCUGAAAUUGGAAGGGUUGAUCACUGCCCCUGUUUCAUCCUCCCUCUACUUAGUUUUCGAGUAUAUGGAUCAUGAUCUCUUAGGACUUUGUUCUCUACCCGGUGUCAAGUUUUCAGAGCCUCAGGUUAAGUGUUACAUGCAACAACUUCUAAGUGGGCUUGAACAUUGUCACAGCCGUGGUGUUCUUCAUCGGGAUAUAAAGGGCUCAAAUCUACUCAUUGACAGUCAGGGAGUCCUGAAGAUAGCAGAUUUUGGGUUAGCAACAUUUUUUGACCCUGCAAAAAGUGUUCCAUUGACUAGCCAUGUUGUCACUCUUUGGUACCGGCCACCAGAACUUUUGCUUGGAGCCUCUCAUUAUGGUGUUGGGGUUGAUCUAUGGAGCACAGGUUGCAUCUUAGGUGAAUUAUAUGCCGGUAAACCGAUCCUCCCUGGAAAAACCGAGGUAGAGCAAUUGCAUAAAAUCUUCAAGCUUUGCGGUUCACCACCAGAAAAUUACUGGAGAAAACAAAAGCUAUCGUCUUCAGCUGGAUUCAAAACCACUAUUCCUUAUCGACGUAAAGUAUCAGAGAUUUUUAAGGACUUUCCUGCAAGUGUUCUUUCGCUUUUAGAGACUUUACUCUCCAUAGAUCCUGAUCACCGGAGCUCUGCAGAUUGUGCCCUCGAGAGUGAGUACUUCAAAACCAAGCCAUUUGCUUGCGAUCCAUCGUACUUACCAAAAUAUCCUCCGAGUAAAGAGAUUGACGCCAAAAUGCGGGAUGAAGCGAAAAGACAACAACCCAUAAGGGCAGAGAAACAAGAACGACAACACUCUAUGACGAGAAGAUCACACGAAAGAAAACCUGUCCCAUUGAUCAAAGCAGAUCACUCCCUAUCAAUGACAAUGGAGAAACAAUAUCAAGAUUGGAGGAGCAGAAACGAUAGUUUCAAGUCGUUUAAAGAGGAGAGGACUCCUCAUGGCCCAGUUCCUGAUUAUCUAAAUAUGCAAACCAGAAACAAUCAAACUGGUGGAAGAAUUUCACACUCAGGUCCAUUGAUGAUCAACCGGAAUAUGGCUAAGUCAACGAUGCAUGUGAAGGAGAAUGUACUCCCUAGAUACCCUCCAGCUAGAGUAAACCCGAGGAUGUUAUCCGGCUCAGUCUCCUCCAAAGCAUUAUUAGAUCGACAAGACCAACCAGUCAUGAAUCAAAGAGGGGAUCGACGAGCAUACAAUAGAGCUGAUACAAUGGAUAGUAGACAUAUGACAGCACCAACUGACCCUUGUCGGUACAAUCCUCGUGGCAGCAAGAUUUACAUGUCAGGACCGUUGUUGGCUCAACCAAACAGAGUGGACCAGAUGCUUGAAGAACAUGAUCGGCAACUUAAUGACAGACAAGCACAAAUGUUAAGACAAGGCCGAACUCGCAAUUGGUAGAGCAAAAUUAUGUAUCAAAGCAUUAAGUUUUGUAUAUAACUUAACUUGUACUCCAUCAAAGAACUAGACUGCUUAAUUUGUCAAAAAUCAUAUGUUGAUUUGAUAGAGCUAAGAUAGGUUUUAGAUAUACUUAUGGCUUAAGCCACUAUUUGUUGAUUAGAGUGUGUAGUUAUAAAAGAGUCAUCAUAGAGGUUGAUAUCUGUACAUGAAUACGUAAUCUCCAGUUCACAUUGGUUAUACUGUAUUAAUUUGUUCUUUUGAAGUUAAAUGGUGAGACUUUUGUUAUUAGAGUA